AUGCGAGGAUCAGGGAGUGAAGAGUUGGGGGGAGGCUACUGUUUGGAGAAGCAGCUGAGAAAGGAAGAGGCGGAUGUAGACCAAAAACUAGAGAGGCUGAGGGAGCAACUCUUAGCAAAACUGGGGGCAUGGGAUAACAGCAGCCCCUUGCUACCUCCCUCAUCCCCAUUUGUGAGAUGGGUGCAGCAGGAGACUAUUCUUAGGAAGUUUAUGAUGCCACCGAUGGCCGCAUACGAUGGCACGGGAAACCCCCCAGAGCAUGUCCUCAACUAUAAGAGGUUUAUGGAGCUUCAAACCCAUUCUAAUGCUCUAAUGUGCAAAGUCUUUCCUACCACCCUCACCGGAUCAGCUCGGGCAUGGUUUAACAACCUAGAAGCGAGAAGCAUUAAAAACUCCAUGGACCUGGCUAAUGUAUUUAUCAGCAGGUUUAUUACAGGGGUCCCAGCGGAGAGAAAAAUUAGUUAUUUGGAUACAGUCAGGCAAAGAAGGAAUGAGUCUCUGAGAGAGUACAUAGCCAGUUUCAACUCUAAGGCUUUGCAGAUUUUCAAGUUCAACGAGAAAGAGCAAAGACCAUACCAUCCCCGGAUCCCCGAGGUAAUCACUCCUCUGAAUGUGUCUAGGGCCGACGUGCUUGUGGUUGUACAGGACAAGGACUUUAUACAAUGGCCCAAACCCAUGAAAGCCGAGGCCAGCCGAAGAGAUCCGAACAAGUACUGUCAAUAUCAUCGAAUGCAUGGCCACGACAAUAACGAUUGCUUCCAACUGAUAAAUAAGAUAGACAGGCUCAUCAAAAGGGGGCAUCUCAGAAAUUUUGUGAAGAAACCAGAAGGGCAGAGACCUCAGCAAAAUGCUGUGGUAGAAAGACCUUGCAGGCAGACAGAAAGACUUGUGAAUGACGGCUCUAACGGAACGAUAAACAUGAUCGUAGGAGGAACUAGGGGACGAAUGAGUAGGAGGGGGAAGAAGAGAAGCAUGAAUGGAGAAAGGAGCAGUACCGAGAUCAUGUAG